AGCAACGAGAGUUAAUCACCCAAAAACAAAAUCUUAAAAGAGAGAACUAAGUAAGAAAUGAUGAACCAAAAGUGCAUUGAGUGGCAGUUCAGCGGGAGCGAGGCGGCCAAAGAAGCUGCCGCAGCUUCCCUAGGCACCUACACCUCUGAACUCUACGCUAUGUGUGAUCCUAAUGGCAAGCCCAUUUUGCCCCCAAGAAGCGAGUCACCAGAGACCAGCCCUGCAGCUGAAAAAGCUGUUGUUAAAGCCGUUCUAUGCGGCACGGGAAACGCCUACGCUCCUAGCAUUGGCCUUCCGGUCGCCAAACGUGCCGUAGCAGAAUAUCUAAACCAAAAUCUUCCGAAGAAGCUAACAGCAGAUGACGUGUUUAUGACUGUGGGAUGCAAACAAGCGAUCGAGCUCGCUGUGGACAUUCUUGCUAAACCGAAAGCCAACGUUUUGCUUCCAAGGCCAGGCUUCCCUUGGGACGUAGUCCGCUCCAUCUACAAGCACCUUGAGGUCCGCUACUAUGACUUCAUCCCUGAAAAAGACUUUGAGAUCGACUUCGAUAGCGUGAGAAAGAUGGUAGACAAGAACACGUUUGCCAUAUUUAUAAUAAACCCCCACAAUCCCAAUGGGAACACCUACUCCGAGUGUCAUCUCAAGCAGCUUGCUGAGUUGGCUAAGGAACUCUCGAUAAUGGUGGUUUCUGAUGAAGUUUAUAGAUGGACAGUCUUUGGGAGUAACCCUUUUGUUCCGAUGGGAAAAUUCUCGUCAAUCGUACCAGUGGUUACACUCGGAUCCAUAUCUAAGGGUUGGAGUGUCCCUGGAUGGCGAACUGGCUGGCUCGCGCUGCAUGAUCUAGAUGGCGUCUUCAAAAGCACCAAGAUCUUACAAGCUGCCAAAGAAUUUCUCGAGAUAAACUCUAAACCUCCAACUGUUAUUCAGGCGGCUAUUCCUGAUAUUUUGGAGAGAACUCCUAAAGAGUUCUUCGAUAAGAGGGGGAGUUUUCUGAAAGAUAAAGUAGAUUUUGGAUAUUCUAAGCUCAAGCACAUACCUAACCUCACCUGCUACAUGAAACCUGAAGCUUGCACCUUCUUAUGGACCGAGCUGGAUUUAUCGUGCUUUGUGAGCAUUGAAGACGAUCAAGACUUCUGCAAGAAGCUUGCUAUGGAAGAAAACCUUGUUGUUUUACCAGGGAUUGCAUUCAGUCAGAAGAAUUGGCUGAGGCAUUCUAUUGACAUGGACACUCCAACUUUGGAGGAUGCGUUUGAAAGAUUGAAGAGUUUCUGUGAACGCCAUUCCAUUACAGGUGAAGCUUCACUUAAAAACGUCAAUGGCGUCAACUAAAUGACCCGUAUGUCUCUUCGCCCAAGUCUUUUUACACAUGCUCUAUUAAUAAAUAAAAAAUGUGUAAUGUAUGGAUUUGAGUUAAAUCAUGAACACUUUCAUAUUUUUAAUAACAAAUAAAAUGGGUGUGCUUAUCAUCAUCAGUCCUGUAAUUUUUUUUUUUUGGUUAAAACAAUCGUGUAUUGUUUCUCAUUAAUAAAUUCCAGAUUAUUUUCACUUA